AUGUCGAAUCGUUAUUCACUCAUCCUUCUGAUUGCCUCACUUGUACAAUUUCUUCAUUGUGCUAACUGUGAGGACCAAUUCACGGUUGACAGUCGUCAUCGAGUGGAUUGUUACCCUCAACCAAAUCCAUCGAAUGCGUCUUGUUUGCAGCGAAAAUGCAUUUGGGAUCCGACACCAGAUCUUCCUAGUGCACCGAGCUGCUACUAUCCGCGUAAUACGGGCUUUAAUGUGUUUAAUCAAAGCGCAGAAGAAAUCAUUUUAAUCAAAAGCGAAUCUGGCAACGUCAGGAACCCGUAUGGCUUGGACAUUUCACCGUUGACGUUCAAAAAACGUUUCUACGGAGCAACUCUCAAUAUCCGUAUAGAGCCAGCAGACGCCCUACCCAAAAGGUUUGAACCAGAUAUCGGUCUUCAGCAUGAGAAUUCACAUUCACCAGACUCUCUGUAUGUGGAAACUGACGUCAACGGAACUUUUGCGUUCUAUGUGCGACGUAAAUCUACGCAUACGGCACUAUGGAAUACUUCACUUGGCGGUAGUCUAAUGUUCAGUGAUAAGUACAUUCAAGUGGCCACAUAUUUUCCGAGUCGGCAUGUCUACGGCUUUGGGGAAAAUGCACAUCACACAAUAUCGCACGAAUUCGAUAAUUAUACCACAUGGGCAAUGUUCGCAAGAGAUGAAGGACCGAAUUCAUUUGACAAAGAUACGAAAAACCUUUACGGUGUCUAUCCGUUCUACAUUUGCAUGGAAGAUGAUGGCAAGGCACAUGGAGUGCUCAUAGUGAAUAGUAACGCACAGGAAUUGACUACUGGUCCAGGGCCUCAUUUCGUUUACCGUACAAUUGGUGGUAUGCUCGAUAUUUAUUUCUUCCCCGGACCAACACCAGAAGAAGUCGUUCGACAGUAUGAGAUCCUCGUUGGUAAACCAAUGUUGCCAGCAUAUUGGGCACUCGGCUUUCAGUUGAGUAGAUAUGCUUACAAAAAUCUAAGCGACCAAGAGGCUGCAAUCAAGCGAACACAACAAGCUGGUAUUCCGUUGGAUGCGGCAAAUUUCGAUAUCGAUUACAUGGACAGAUACAUGGACUUCACCAUCGGUGCAAAGUGGAGUAAAAUCGGCGAGUUUGUCGAUCAAAUGCACAAAGAGAAUCUUCAUGCCAUUCUGAUUUUCGAUCCUGCCAUUGAUGUCACUAGUGAACCGUUCAAGCGCGCCCGUCAAAAAAACGCAACAUUCGUUGAGUGGCCUGCUAAUGACCUCGUUCCUAUGGAUAUCCAAAACCAAUACGCAACAACACGUGGAACUAAAGUGAUGUUAGGCGUUGUAUGGCCUGACCAUCAUGCCGCUUUCCCGGACUUCUCCGAUCUACAGCAAAAUACAGUUGAUUGGUGGGUGGACGAGUUCAGAGAGUACCAUAAAAAGAUAUCGUUUGAUGGCAUUUGGAUUGACAUGAACGAACCGGCGAGUUUUGGCACAAACGAAGACAACCCUUGGUACUUCGGUUUGGCCGAUCAUCCCAAUAUAACCUCGUUGAAGUGCAACAUCUUCAAUGAAACCAUCGAACAAUACGAUUACCCACCAUUCCAGACGCACAACGUCUACUUCUAUGGACCAAGGGCUACUUUGGCAUCAAAAACGCUAUGUAUGCUUGGAACAGUUCAACGUGGCAAACAAACACUUUACAAUACGAAGAAUUUGUACGGAUUGUAUGAGGCUAAGGCUACAAGGAAAGCAAUUGAAGAUGUGCUGCAGAAACGUGGCAUCGUAAUAUCUAGAUCAACGUUCCCUACGGCAGGACGUUACGCAGGCCAUUGGCUUGGCGAUAAUCAGGCAGCAUGGCCAACAUUGAUUACAACCAUCAUAGGUGUACAAGAUUUUAACAUGUUUGGCAUUCCGUAUGUUGGCUCAGAUAUUUGCGGUUUUAAUGGCGACACAACAGAGGAAUUGUGCCUUCGUUGGCAACAACUCGGUGCUUUUCACUCAUUCUCAAGGAAUCACAACAAUAAUGUGGCUAAACCUCAAGAUCCAGCGCAAUGGCCGUCCGUUGCGAAAGCUGCACGAAUGGCGAACUUAUUCCGCUAUCGGUACUUGCCGUACCUCUACUCACUUCAUUUCUAUGCGUCUAAGGAGGGCGGUACGGUAAUUCGACCAAUGUUCUUCAAUUUCCCAAAAGAUCCAGCAACAUACGAUAAGGGAUUACAGUUCAUGUGGGGUGAUGGCCUUAUGGUUAUUCCUGCAGUUCAAGAGGGCGUAGAGACUGUAUCCGUUUAUCUCCCAAAUGGUACAACUUGGUAUUCGCCACGAGAUGAAGAUUACGGAAAUGUGAUUCAGUCAAAGGAACUAAGUGCUAAAAAAACCGAGUUAACUCCCGUUCUGAUUAAGGGUGGCGUUAUUAUACCGAGACAAGUGCCAUCAGUGACCACCGCUAAAUCUAGACAGAAUCCGUUCCAGUUAUUGGUUGCAGUUGACCCCGUGUCUCGCACGGCUGAAGGUUUUAUGUAUUGGGACGAUGGAGAAAGUGUCGUACAUAACUUUACUACGUAUCCCCAUUAUGAGUUUCGGUUACGAUUCGCAUGCACUACGCAAAAGUCGGAACUUAAUAUAACUCGUAUUUCAAAGGGAAGCGUGAACAUGUCAUAUCUCAAUACAAUUGAUGUUUUCGGCGCUCCAUACGAGCCUGAUUUCGAAACUGUAAAACUUAACGGCAAAACUAUCCAAGUUCCAGAGUCAACAUAUAACGCUUCAAACAAAUUCAUAAGGCUAACAAAAGCACAGCUUGUGGCGCUUCAUCAAGGACCAGACAUCAUUGAGAUUUCAUGGACCAAUAAAGGGUAG